GGGCAGCGACGCCGACGUGGGCGAAUCGGAGUCGGAGAUGGAGGACGAGACCUUCAACCCCUCCGAGGAGGACUACGAGGAGGAGGAGGAGGACAGCGACGAAGACUACUCCUCCGAGGCCGAGGAGUCAGAGUAUUCCAAGGAGUCCUUGGGCAGCGAAGAGGAGAGCGGCAAAGACUGGGAUGAGCUGGAAGAGGAGGCCCGCAAAGCCGACCGCGAGAGCCAGUACGAGGAAGAGGAGGAGCGCGGGCGCGGGCGCAAGAGGAAGGCACCGGGGGGGCGCCGCGGGAGCCACCGCCCCCCACCGGGGCCCCCCAAGAAGAAGAGGAAGUGAAGGAGCCC